AUGUCAGAAGCGGUGAAAAGGGAUGGCGGUCUUCCAGAAGAUUUGCUGAUCACGAUUCUCAUAACAUUACCUGCCAAAUCCUUAUUAAGAUUUAGGUCUGUAUCAAAGUCUUGGAACUCUCUCAUCACUAGAGCUGAAUUUAUCAAUAUCCAUUUGGCUCAGGCAAAGCCAUUACUUCUCUUUCAUCACCACAAUCAGUCUUACUCUUUGCGUUCUGAUAACGAGUCUUUAGACGUGUGGUCAAACUCAGACUUCGAGUUGCCUUUUAAAAGAGAAGAUGAUGAUUUCCAAAUAAUUGGCUCUUGUAAUGGAGUUAUAUGUAUUUCAAAUACUCCCCAAGAUCAUGGCCACGGUAUCAUUUUGUGGAAUCCAUCCAUUGGAAAAUCUUUGAAUCUUGAACUGCCAAGGUUAAUUGAUCAUUUCCACGGUAUUUUUGGUUUUGGCUUCAAUUCGCAAAGUAAUGACUACAAGAUUGUUAGGGUUGACACACCCCAAAACCAAGUUUAUUGUCAGGUUUACUCGCUCAAAGAAAGAUCUUGGAAGGCCAUUGAUUUUAACCCUGCUCUUGGUUACUUUAUCCGCAUACCUUCAGUCUUAUGGGGACGUUCCAGUUCUUACAAAUAUGUUUUUCUGAACGGGGUUCUUCAUUGGCUUGCAGACAGAGAGGAGAUGGGCCAUAGAUUUGUACUAUCUUUUGAUUUAACAAAUGACUCGUUUGGGACGAUAAUGCUGUCUCCAUAUUUAGCUACGAAGUCCGAUGAGUGGAUGGCAAUUUUGGUGUUUGAUAACUCCGUUUCUGUGUUUCUCAACGACCUCGAUACCACGUAUAUUGAGCUAUGGGGUCAGAAAAAAUAUGGUGAAAUGAAAUUAUGGUCCAGAAAGCUCAGGAUUAAAGCAGACGGAAUAGGAUUGGCAAUGGUUUGUAGGAAGAAUGGUGAGAUAUUAAUGACAAAAUAUCCAAGUGACAAUGUGGUUUCAUGUGAUCCUCGGAGGAAAGAAAUUCGUGAUCUGCAAAAUUUAGGGCUAAGUGACUAUGCUGAUUCUUUUGUGGAGAGCCUAGCUUUACUUGAUGAAUUAAAGGAGACCGAGAACGAAGAGGUUUCUGAGCACGUACAGUUCAAACUAUUUCUUGGGCUGAAGAAUUAUAAUUUGCUGCUGGAUGAACUUACUCAGGAGCCAGAACAGCCUAUUAGUGUUUGCGCUAUCGAUCUUGUUAGUGGAUUGAUGGCAGGCGUUGCUGAUAAUCAAAUUAUAGCUGAACUCUUCUAUAGCUUUCUGCCGCUAGGUCCAUUUACUUGGUGA